AGGAAUUAAACAGACCAUAUUCUCCAAGGUGCCACUUCUCUUUCCCAGCUUAGUUCAUACACCUUCCCCUACCUCCCCGCCACCGGCCGAGCCAGGAUGACCAGCCGCUCCAACGAAUUCAGCAGCAGCUCGCUCUCGUCUUGGCAGGCGUCAUGGAAUCAGAACAGGGGGAGCUCGGUGGUGACGUCCUCUGAAUACGACGGCUGCAGCAGCCCGGGUGGUCCAGCCAGCAGAAGCUUCAGCACCUCGAGUCUUGGUGGAUACACGUCUUCCUCUUGCCCGUCCGUCUUCAUCAACGAGAAGCUCUUGACGCCGCUGCGCCUAGACCUGGACCCCACCUUCCAGGAGAGGAAGAAGCAGGAGAAAGACGAGAUGAAAAUCCUCAACGACCAAUUCGCAUCCUUAAUUGGGAAGGUCCAAUGCCUGGAGCAGCAGAACAAAGUUCUCACGAUCAGGUGGAGCUUCCUGAAAGAUCAGGACAAUUCCCGUUCCGAGUUAGACAUCAAACUCCUCUACGACCAGUACAUGAGCAAACUGAAGCAAGAGAUGAGGGCUGUCGGCCACGAGCGAGAACAGCUGGAGUCCGAGUUGACCGAGGUGUUGAAAUCCAUGGAUAACAUCCGAAACAGAUACGAGGAUGAAAUACAUAAACGGAGUGGCUUGGAAUUCACCUUCGUGGAGCUGAAAAGGGAUUUAGACGCUGGUUCCAUGCAUAGAACCGAGCUAGAGGUAAAACUGCAGGGGCUUCAAGAGUUGAUGGAGUUAAAGAAAGCCGUAUACGAGCAGGAGCUUCAGGAGCUGCUGGCAGAAAUCAAGGACAUCUCCGUCGUCAUGGGGAUCGAUAACAGAUGCAACCUUGACCUGAGCCGCAUCGUGGAGGAAGUGAGGGCGCAGUAUGAAGCCCUCGCUUUCAGGAGCUGGGAGGAGGCAGAAGCCCUUACCUGGAGCAAGCUGAACGAAGGAGCCACCCACUCCGCCACGUACAGGGACCAGCUCUUCAGUGGCCGGAGGGAGAUCGCGGAGCUGACCAUACGCAUUCAGAAGCUGAGGACCUGCAUCGUGUCCCUGAAGAGCCAGUGCCUGCGUUUGGAAGAGGACAUCAAAGAGGCCGGGGGGAGCGGCCAGCUCGCCCUCCGGAACGCUAACGCCAAGCUGGCCGAGCUUGAGCAAGCCCUGCACAAAGGCAAGGCGGACCUGGCUGGCUUGGUGAAGGAGUAUCACGAGCUGAUGAACAUCAAGCUGGCCCUGGACGUGGAGAUCCUCACCUACAGGAAGCUGGUGGAAGGCGAAGAGAGCAGCAUGGAGUCCCCGACGUGCCCUGUCAUCAGCAGCAUCCACUCCAGCCCUAGGCAUUUUUCAUCCAUCUCCAGCUUCUCGGGGUCUUCCCAGCUGGCUUCUCGAGCGAGGGGCAAUUCUACUGAUGGAAUGAUCCGAAAUGGAGCGGUGGCAGAGGCCGUCCUCGCCAGGAGCCAGAGCGGCGGCUCAGCAAGUCGGGAUGCAGACGAACGGCCCAGUGGGGCACGUCCGAAGCAUCGCUUGCUGUCUGACGAAGAACACUGCCGUGAGGAGUCGAUCCCUGCGGAAUAGAUGCCAGACGCAUUGCCAUCUGCACCUGAACGAGACCAGAAUGCCUUCUCCUGAAGCCCGAUUCUUGCCAGCGUCUGCGGGGCCAAGAAUGGGAAUCAACCUCAAACCGGCUCUUCCCAGGGUUUCCUUGACGCCUUCCCCACUCCAUCACUGGUUAGAAGCGAGACCCCCAUCCUGGCAGAACUUUCUUUGAACAUGCCCAAUUCUCACACCAGCCCCAGCAAACUCAUCCUGAUCCCACCUCCCUGAGGUGGGGCUCGUAAGGCUUAAUUCAUUGAUGUGCUUUGAGAUCUUCAAACUGAAAGCAAUGCAGAAGGAGGAAGUGUUAUUACUUAGGCUCCAACGAUGGUAAACUGAAGGAUAGUAGCAACAUAGCAGAAGGUAGUAUGGGGGAGACUGGUGGGUAGAGCACUGGACUCAGGAAACCUGGAUUCUAUUCCUGACUCUGCUGGGCGAGCCAUGUCCACCAUAUGCCUCAGUUUCCCCCUCUGUGAAAUGAGGAUAAUGCUAUUGACCUUCUUUGCAGAGCGGUUUGAGAUCUCAGUGCUAGAUAAGAGCUAAGUAUUAUGAGUUAUUUUACCAGUAUUACCAAAAGAUUUCUCGCGUUCCUUCUUACUUUCGUUCUUUGGUUUGUGCGGAUUUGCGUUAGGGUCUCUUUCACCAGCUGAUGAUGUGAUGCGGGCGAACGUUCUCAGCCACAUGAGUUGGCAGAGGCUGUGUUUGGUGAUGUUUCACCACUAGCGCUCUGGCUACUUAGGGGAAAUUAUUGUGUAGACCCAGAAUCCUCAGUCAAAGGCUUUUUUUCCUACUGCCAAUGGGGACUCUAUCUUGAUGGUGUCCUUUAAAAAUAAAAUCAAAUAAUCGUGACCUCGGGUGCACUGGUGUAAAUCCGGAGCAACUCCGCUGACUUCAAAGGAGCGUGACCCAGAUGCUGAUCUGAAUUACAGUGCUGUAAAAACGGGUUCACGUCACCUGGGGGAAUGGCAUUAGGGCCUGUCUGUAAUCUCAUUUCCACUAGCAUAAACCCAGAAUGACUCCACAGCAGGUUUAUCCUAGUGUGAUAGAGAUCUUAAAAGAAACCCCUAUGUUUGUAAGUGUCCUUCUCUGUGUUGCUUGAUAAUGGCCCAGCCCAGUAUAUUGAAACUGAACAUAGUUUAGAAAUCUGUUAUUUUUUACCGUUUCUCCUGGAUUUGGGGGUGCACUUUUCUCAACUGGACAGUAAAACUAGAUGGGCCAGUUUUACUUGCGGCUCAUGGUGGGUCGAGGAGCCCAAUUCUACAAGGCGCCGAAUUCUCCUUUACUAGAUGUCUCAACCCCCACUGCCUCCUUUAUUGAUGCUUCAACCCAGCACCUUGUAUGGUUGGGUGCUCAUGGAAUUGCCGUAGGAAAUCCCACUGCACGCUGGCUGUUCCGUAUCCUUUCAGUGCUGACCUCUGCAUCCUUUCGCAGAGAAGCAGCACAUGGCGGGGACACCCUUCAAGGUCCACUUAAGCAGGGUCAAGUAGACCCAGUGCACGAGGGAGACCGUCAUCCUCAGAGCUCCUGGAGGUUACAAAAAAUCCAACAUGACUGUAAAUGACAAGCCUCAGUGCGGGGAGGGAGGUUAGUUGUUAUUUGUUCUGGGAUAUUUAUUGGUUGUCAUUUAAAGAGAAUAAUCAACAUUAUAUAAAUAUAUAUUUCAUAACGUAUGAGGUCGCUUUUAACUUAAUUCGCUAGAUCCCCAGCUGGUGUAGAUCAACAUGGUCCCAUUGAUCUGCCUGCGUGUAUAUAUUUGUUUCCCUCUGGCACAGACUCAAGUAUACCCUGCAUUGCAGUACUGCUUUGUACCAAGGGCCAACGUCUACACAAAGCCAAUGGGCUUGCUCUGGUGGCAAUGAGUCACUUGCGAGGCCCUUUUUGUAUGUUUCUGUUAAGCGUGUUGCAAUAUUUCCACGUGUUUCUGUAGGGUCGCCACCUGCUAUGGCACCCGUGUAACCAGCAUGUCGUCUGCGCUGCGCUAUGGCUGUGUUAUUAAAGUAUUAUUCCGAGUGGGUGUAGCCAUGUGGGUCCUAGGAUAUUAGCAAGACCUGGGGAGUGAGGUCAGAUCUUGUAAUGGGCCAGUUUUUGUUGGUGGAAGGGGAGAGACAAGCUUUCAAGCAUAUCAGAGCUGAAACAGAGCUGGCAGAAAAACCAAAGUUUGUCUCUUUCUGACCCGCUUCGUCUCUUUCAUAAAGUAUUGAGAGGCACGGAAGGGGGGAAAGGAGGCGGCGUGUCAAUUAUUUCCUUACAGCGUCCUGACAGCUAAGGCACAAUCCUGCUCUCAGAAGCCAAUUCCAACCCCCUCUAGAAACAGUUCCUUGGCUAUUGCCUCACAUCAGUGGCUGGAGAGGAAAGCUGGCCUGGGGGCUUGGCGGCAAAUUAGCAGACCUCUGCUCUGCUGUUGGUGACCUAGGGCAAGCCGCUUAGUCUCUCUAUCUCUCUGGGCUUCAGGUCCCCCUCUGCAAAAUGGGGAUCAUCCCACUUCCGUACGCUUGCCAGGGAUGUGGUGAAGGCAAAUACAUUGGAGACGGUCAGGUACUAUAGUAAAGGGGGUGUCACGGAAUCCCCGGGCGAUGCUUUGGAACUGCUCCCCACAAAGCCAGUCAGGACUUUGGGGAGCCUCCUCUCCCUUGGAGCAGACUGUCUUCAGGGCAAGGAGCUCACACGUCUUCAUCUUCCUGGGUCUGACUUUGGAGCAUUCAGCAUAUGCCCCUCCGUGCGCUUCCCACAGCAAGUCCGCCCAGGCGGGGUCCUGGGGAAGCCAGAGGGUCCUGCACACACACCCACUUCACAGUCAGACGUGACUCUUAGCCAGCCAGUCAAACAGAGGUUUAUUAGAUGACAGGAACUAAAAUAGAGCUUGUAGGUACAGCGAACGGGACCCCUCAGCCAGGUCCAUUCUGGGGUCCAGCGAGCCAGACAACCCCAUCUGCACUCACUCCCCGUCCCCAGCCAGCCCCGAACUGAAACCCCUUUAGUCCCUCCUUUCUGCCCUUUGUCUCUUUCCCGGGCCAGGAGGUCACCUGAUCUCUUUGUUCACCUUUAGCUAUUCCCUUGCAGGGGGGAAGGGCCCAAGCCAUUUGUUGCCAGGAUACAGAGUGUCGGCCAUUUAUGCACACUGGAGACUUAAGAAAUGCAUAGGGGAAACUGAGGCACCCACACAGUACUCAGAGGAAACAUUAAGAACCAUCCCACUUUGUCACAGGGGGCCAGAUGCGGAGCUAAGAUUGAGCCAGCUCUAUCAGAAAUCAGUUGGAUUUCACUCCCACCUUAGCCUUCCUGCUCAUUCAAUGAAGAGCGUCCUCCACCUUGACCUACACCAAUAGCCCUUUAUCUCUGCCCUAGAUGGACUCCCCUUUGCUUGGGGUAAAAAGGAAGCAAGGAGGAGACCACCCUCUCGGUGGAAGGGGAGAAGAGAAUGUAGCCUUUGCUCUGAGUGGCAGUAGGGUCCAGUGGCUAGACCAACGGGCUGGAACUCAGGAGAGGUGGGUUUAAUUCCAGACUUUGCCCCUGGCUAGUGCAAGUUUCUCCACCUUUUCCCCUCCCACUCUUUGUCUCAGCUAUUUAGACUGUAAGCUCUUUGGGGCAGGGAUUGUCUCUUACUAUGGGUAUGUACAGCUCCUAGCACUAUAGGGGCUUUAUCGAGCUAGACCCUGCUGUAAUGCACAUAAUAAUAACAAUAAUAAUAAAUGUUAUUUGUCCGGUU